AUGGAGGACUUCACCGAGAAGAAUAGACAGGUCUUUGAGAAACUGUCCAAAACAUACAAGGCCGACUUCGACGAUGCUCUGGCAUUAAUGUACCGCACGGUUCAGGAUCGUCGUCUCUGGGUCAGUGAUACUUGGAGGGAUACCGAUUCCGGGAAGGAGAAGGAGAUUAAGGUCCUUGAAUAUGCAUGUGGACCGGGAACCGUCUCUCUUGCGCUGGCACCCUUCGCCACUCGCAUUGUUGGGCUCGAUAUUUCCGAUGGGAUGGUCGAUGAGUACAACACCAAUGCCCGCGAGGCUGGAUUUGCGGACAAGAUGGUCGGUUACAAGGGUGACCUCUUCACGGAAUCUGUGGCAACGGAGCUCUCUGGCCCUGAGUUUCAUGAGUUCGACAUUGUCGUUGUUAGCAUGGCCCUUCAUCACUUUGAGAAACCAGACCUGGCCGUCAAGCGAUUGGCGGAGAGACUGAAGAAGGGUGGGACUUUGUUGAUCAUCGACAUGAUCCCCAGUAAGCACCAUGGACCUCAUUCUCAUGGGCAUGACCACUCGCAUGAGCAUAGUCACUCGCAUGGUCAUGGCCAUGGCCACUCUCACGAGCACGAUCACUCUCAUGAGAAUUCCGAGGAGUUCACAGAUGCCAGACACACGAUCAAGACCCAUGGGUUUACCCAAGCCGAUAUGCAGAAGCUGUAUGAUGAAGCUGGAGUUGGGAUGAACUUUGACUACCGGCUCGUGGAGGAGCCAUUCGUAUUCAAGAAGAACGGGGGAGAGUUCUCCAUGACGGUUUUCACGGCGCGCGCUCAGCGUGCGUAG